AUGUUCUUGUCGUCCCCUCCAUCUUCGGGCCUUGUUGCCCUGACUUUCUGGUCGUUUCUGUACACCCUCCUCGUCUUUUGCCCCGUAGUCACCUCUCAUGACCCUCAUCUUCCCUCAUUUCCUUCUGAGGAGUCCCCCUUGACCAUCCCGAUCUCACUUGCGCCUGGCCGUGCAAUCCCAAUUGGAACAUCUCUAAGCCUUACUACCAUUACUACUACUACCAUAGCGGCCACGUCGACCAGUACUGCCCAAAAUCGCCAGGCCGAUCCCUCGGUGCCUGAUCCUUCUUUUAGUGCAAAUACAUCCAACGUCGGGGCGGUCUCCCUGGCUGUGGAGCAGAUGAUUGGCAAAGCGAAAGGCACCAUUAUCAUUUUGUCUUCACUAAUUGCGUAUGUUUCAAUCAAUAGCUUAGUACGUGCCUUGAAUCCGGCGGCAUUCAUCUGGUACGAUGAGGACAGGGAUGAGCAGCGCUGGAUCGCAUCCUCUCGGUCGUGGUUUGACCGCAAAGCUUGUCGCUGGCUGAGUCUCUGCGGUACCGCUCAUUUCCGCACGGCUGGUCCGCGAUUCGGCCAGCGGAGAUUCCUCACGGAGUCCAAUACCUCUGUCUCUGCGCAAUACGAGGCCGCUCCGUGGCGGGCCUUCUGGUUCCGAGAACAGGAGCAUCCGGCAAAUCAGUGGGAUGAUGCCGAACGUUCGCUCAGAGAGAUACCCGACUAUGUUUUUGAACAUGCUCCUCUCGUGCACCUAUUCUCCAACGAGCAGUUCUGGCCCUGUGAUAUCGCAGAGCAUCUGUUCCACAUCACACCAAUGUUAAACUACACGCCGGUGCAGUCUAAGCGGAUUCAUCCGACGUUGGAGAAUCUGGAUCAAUUGAACAAAUGGCAGGAUGGUCGCUACGUCUUCUUAACCAGUAACGAUGAUGUGGAGGAACGGCCCCCAUGGUUGGAAGGAGAAAAGAAUAUCCCUGUUUCGCCAGACGAGCACUCUGAAGCAUCGUGGUCUGACUGGGACGGUCGAGUAGACGGGGCCAUUCCGGGGGAUACACCCGAGGGUCGCUUAAAAUGGUAUGACACGAACCACAAAUCAAUGUCGGAAGACGAAGCAGCCAAUCUACCAUUGGAGGAUCUCGGUUACUCCAAGCCAGAGGAUCUUCUGCAGGAUGAGAGGGUCAGGGACGAGCUGCGGAAACGAUACGGUGGCGAACCGAUAAAGAUGCAAGCCACCGGAGGCCGAAGUGAUGCGCCUGCAGUGCUGCUCGUCGUGGACAAGGGCAACGGCAUAGUCGAUGCCUUUUGGUUCUUCUUUUACAGUUUCAAUCUCGGAAAUGUGGUUCUGAAUGUGCGGUUCGGCAACCACAUCGGCGACUGGGAGCAUUGCCUCGUCCGGUUCUCUAACGGCAAGCCUAAAGCUCUCUUCUUUAGUGCGCAUUCCGCAGGCGAGGCAUAUAGUUAUGAAGCGGUCGAGAAAAUCGGACAACGGCCAGUCAUAUAUUCGGCAGUGGGCACGCAUGCCAUGUAUGCCACUCCUGGUGUCCAUUCGUAUGUUCUACCCGGGGGUCUUCUUCAUGACCAAACGGACCGAGGACCUCUAUGGGAUCCCCUCUUGAAUUCGCACAUGUAUACGUAUGAUCAUGCGAAUGACACGUUGCGCGCCUCCACAGCCAGCCCGUUGGCACCUACGGAGUGGUUCUACUUUAACGGUCACUGGGGAGAUAAGUUCUAUCCUCUGGGAGAUCGUCGACAGUAUCGCUUCGCGGGCCAGUAUCACUAUGUCAACGGUCCCCUGGGCCCGCGGUUCAAGCAUCUGGACCGCCGCAAGGUGUGCCAAGGACCCGACGAGGAUCCUUGCGUGAUUAAAGAUUGGGUGGGCGAAAAGAUGCGGCCCAAGCGCCUGUCGAAUCCCCAGCCCCACGAGAAUCCAGUGUGA